AAACGGAAUACAUACACACAUACAAUAGGUAUAUCAUUCAUUCAUCCGGUACCAGUCCUUGCACGGCGCUCCGUUUAAACUCCGAAACCCUCACUUUCCACAAAAGAAAGAAACCGUUGAUCAUCUGCACUCAAAGAUCACCGACGAACACUCGAUUUCAAGCUCAAACUCUGCUGAUUCAUCCAUUCGAUGAAAGUGAAGAUCACACUAUAACGGGUGGUCACAGUAGCUGCUUUUUUGCCCGAGGAUGUGUGGAUAGUUAUGUGGAUAUAUCGUCGUAGCUUCUGAAUGUUAAUGUGGGGAAGGAUGAAGAAGGUGUCAAUCACGAGUAUAUUUCAACCUUAAUAGGUACUACAAUUUAUCUUUUACAUAGUGAACGCGUGGGAUAAUGAGCAUGGUGAAAGAAACAUCUGAAAAUGGUACAGAUUUAUCCGCUGAUGAUAUUGGCACCAUUGAGGAAAUUCCCGAAGACACAAUUCUGUCUAGACAAACUUCUGUUAACCUCGUGCCUUUUAUCGGUCAAAGGUUUGUUUCUCAAGAUGCUGCUUACGAAUUCUACUGUAGCUUCGCAAAGCAAUGCGGCUUUUCUAUUCGCCGCCACCGUACACGUGGCAAAGACGGUGUCGGGAGGGGGAUUACACGGCGAGAUUUCACCUGCCACCGUGGCGGGUACCCACAAAUAAAGCCGUCAGAAGACGGGAAAGUACAAAGAAACAGAAAAUCAUCACGUUGUGGAUGUCAAGCUUACAUGCGAAUUGUAAAACGCGCUGAUUUCGAUGUUCCUGAAUGGCGGAUCACGGGCUUCAGCAAUGUUCACAAUCACGAGCUUUUAAAGUCGAACGAUGUUCAACUUAUUCCUACUUACUGCACAAUGUCGUCAGAUGACAAAAGUCGUAUAUGCAUGUUUGCGAAAUCCGGGAUGUCAGUGAGGCAGAUGUUAAGGUUGAUGGAACUAGAAAAAGGCGUGAAGCUAGGCUGUUUACCGUUUAACGAAAUUGAUGUGAGGAAUUUACUUCAGUCUUUUAGAAAUGUUGAUAGAGAUAAUGACGCAAUUGACCUUCUUAAAAUGUGCAAGGACAAGAAGGAUAAAGAUCCGAACUUUAGAUAUAAUUUCAAGAUUGAUGCGAAUAACCGUCUGGAACAUAUUGCCUGGACUUAUGGCUCGUCGGUUCGAUCUUAUGAGUCGUUCGGGGAUGUUGUGGUUUUUGACACAACUCAUAGGUUGGAUGCGUAUGAUAUGAUUCUUGGAAUUUGGCUUGGAGUUGACAAUUAUGGUACGAAUUGCUUUUUUGGUUGUGUGCUGUUGCGGGAUGAGAAUAUGCAGUCUUUCUGUUGGGCCUUAAAGACAUUUUUAGGAUUCAUGAACGAAAAAGCUCCGGAAACAAUAUUGACCGACCAAAACAUGUGGCUAAAAGAAGCAGUCGCCGUUGAAAUGCCAAGAACAAAGCAUGCCUUUUGCAUUUGGAAUAUAAUUUCCAAGUUUUCGGAUUGGUUUUCUGCACUUCUCGGCUCACAGUACGGUCAAUGGAAAGCGGAGUUUCAUGGACUUUACAAUUUGCACUUGGUUGAUGAGUUUGAAUUGGGAUGGAGAGAUAUGGUUGAUGCGUAUGGACUCCAUGGAAACAAACACAUUGUUAGCUUGUAUGCUUUACGCAUGUUUUGGGCACUCCCAUUUUUGAGAUGUUACUUCUUUGCUGGGAUGACUAGUACUUUUCAACCAGAGUCCAUUAACGCUUUCAUCCAACGGUUUUUAAGUGCACAGUCUGUUCUUGAAAAUUUUGUAGAGCAGGUUGCAGCGGUUAUAGAUGCUAAAGACCAAGCUGCACUAAAACAGAAAAUGAUUAGAAGCCGUCAAAAAGUGUCUCUCAAAACCGGUUCACCUAUCGAGUCACACGCUGCCACUGUUCUUACACCAUAUGCCUUUACCAAAUUCCAAGAACAACUUGUGUUGGCCCCACAAUACGCAUCUCUAUUGGUCGACAAUAACUACUUCAUCGUGAGACACCACACCGAAAUGAACGGCGGCUGCAAAGUUCUUUGGGUCCCACAUGAUGAAUUCAUUAGCUGCACCUGCCAUGAUUUUGAAUUCUCGGGAAUCCUAUGUCGACACGUUCUUCGAGUUCUAUCAACCAACAACUGUUUUCACAUCCCGUAUCAAUACUUACCCGUUCGUUGGCGUGAUUCCUUAACCUACACAAAACCCGUUCUUGAUCCUUCUUCGGGUAAUGUCCAGAUGUUACAGUCAAUGGUUUCAAGUCUAGUUUCUGAAGCCGUGGAGACCGAUGAAAGGUUAAACUUUGCUUGCGGUCAACUCAACUUGGUGUUGACCCGGAUCAAGGAGUUUCCGGGACCGUCUAGUGGUGUUAAUAAUAAUAAUAAUAAUAUGUCUUAUAACAAUAGUCCACCUGACUCGUUAAUUCUUCCGGAAGUUGAGGAUUCUGAUGGUAUCGUUCAAAGUUUUACUAAUGAACCGUUGACUUUUGGGAAGCUGAAAGAGAGAAGGUCAAAGCGAAGGCGUUGCUCUGUGCCCUGUUGCGGGCAGUUCGGGCAUGAUUCUAAUGACUGCCCGUUGAUGGAAGAUGAUAUAAACGAAGAUGGACUCGGGUUUCUAUAAAGGUUAGAUGUAUAAUUUUGUUAUGUUUCCAUGUCAAUACACGUCGAAUUUACUAUCUUUUAUCAAUGCAAUGACUGUUCUUUCUGCAUAA